GCUGCGCUGCCAGGGAAGGGAGCGAGCGUUUCGCGCGUGAGGCUUUCUGAGCCCUGCCGCGGCCCGUAGGCCGCCCCUGACCCGGAAGCGGACGGCGGGGGCGUUGGGACAUUUAAACGGCGCGGCCGGCGCGGCGGGGGGAGCGGCGCGGCCGUCUGGCCCUUUUACUGCCCUAUGGAUCAGCCGGGGUACGCGAGAAGUUCUCCUUCUGCCCAAGGUGCCAGAGAGGGGGUGAGCAAGCCCGCCGCUCCCCAGAAGAACGCGUACGCCAGGCUUGUGCAGAAGCACCACAGCAGCCGGUUCCGCUCCUAUUUGAACCACAUUGCGCAGAAGAUGCAGCUGGACGAGAGCACGUCCAACGAGCCCAGCUCGGAUCUGGACUCACCCCUGAGGAGAGGCCUGGGGAAGGACAACCCAGCCAGGAAUGGGUUGAACGUGCAUGGUUACUCACCGGUCAGAACAUCUCAUCUAGAACAGCCCAUGCGCGGAGGAUUUGAGAACGAUAAACCCCAAACCGCUCUGAACAGAUAUCCUCAUAAAAAAAAUGCAAUUGUUAGCCCAGAAGGAGACUUGGAGGUGGAGGAAGACGACUAUGUGCAUCAGCAUGGAGCUGCAGCUGACUUGAUAAGUAUGAGCGACGCCCUGGGUGGGAGAGCGUCGAACAGCCUGAGGCAUCGUGCGGCUCUGCAGAAGUCCUCUGGUUCUGAUGAAAAGGAAGAGGAGGACACAUGGAGGAGGAAACACAAGAAACGAGGCAGGUGUCCUGCCAACACAGAUACAGCGGCUGGACACUUGUUGACCGAGCAGUUUAGUGAGGAUGUGCCGGCAAUAAAUUCCAGGAGGAACAGUCACUUGUCUCCAGGUCAAGUCCAAGGUCCAGAAAGGAGAGGGUUUGCAAGGACCAGAAACAACUCGGAAUCUGCAAGAAGUCCCCAGAACUUCGAUAGGAAGAGGCAACUCUCUGAAUCACAGACAGAAACAAUGAACAAUUCAGACAGCAGAAUAAGCCCUAGACAACUGGGAACUCCCAGAGGAGGAUCCUAUGCUGCUGUCCCAACAUCAGGUGAUAGGAAGAAUCGAAAUAAACCCACUCGAGGGAGGAGGAAGAGUAUAUUCGAAGCCUACAUGUCAAAAGAAGAUGUUUCAGCAGGACUGAAAAGGGGAGAGCUGAUUCAGGGACCCUUAAGAAUAAAUCCGAAGAAGUACCAUGAAGCCUUCAUUCCAUCUCCAGAUGGGACUCGCGAUAUCUUUAUUGAUGGAGUGGUUGCUCGCAACAGAGCCCUGAAUGGUGACAUCGUGGUAGUGAAACUGCUUCCCAAGGAGCAAUGGAAGGUAAUAAAGCCAGAUGGUAGUGACAAAGAAACAGAAGCCACGCAUGAAUCAGAUGUCCCCGAGGAGAUGUCGGGGCCUUGCGUUCCUCAAGAGACGGUGAAAGGCGAUGCUAAAAGUCCAGAUGUCAUUAUAGAAGCUCAGUUUGAUGAUAAUGAUGCAGAGCACGGACAAGACCACUUGCAGGAGACGUUGGCUGAUGACAUCAAGAAGCUUUCCCUGGAUACCGGUGAAAAAGUGAAGGCUGUUGGCAUCGGCGCUGCGCACAGAGCAGAGCAAGAUGAUGGACCCAAGGCGAAUGAUCCCCGGCUCCUCCCAGACAAGGCUCUCCAAAGGACGGCCAAGGUGGUCUAUAUUUUGGAAAAGAAACAUUCCCGAGCAGCUACAGGCUUCAUCAAGCUCCUGGCAGACAAGAACAGUGAACUGUUCAGGCGGUGUGCCAUGUUCUCACCUGUGGACCACAGAGUUCCCAGGGCCUACGUGUCCUUGGCUGAUUGUCCCCCAGACUUUGUGACCAGGCCUGAGGACUAUUCGAGUAUGCUCUUCAUCUGUCGCAUAGUGGACUGGAAAGAUGACAGCAACUUUGCAACAGGGCAGUUGGCCAAAAGCCUUGGGCAGGCUGGGGAGAUUGAGCCGGAGACGGAGGGGAUCCUGACAGAGUACGGUGUGGAUUUCUCUGACUUUCCCCCCGAAGCCCUGGAGUGUCUUCCCCAGAGCCUGCCCUGGGUUAUCUCGCCCGGAGAGCUGGCCAGAAGAAGAGAUUUAAGGAAAGAAUGCAUUUUUACCAUCGACCCAUCAACUGCCAAAGAUCUUGAUGAUGCUUUGUCCUGUAAACAACUCCCUGACGGCAACUUCGAAGUGGGUGUUCACAUCGCGGAUGUCAGCUACUUUGUACUGGAAGAAACAGCACUGGAUAAAGUAGCGAGUGAAAGAGCGACCAGCGUGUAUCUAGUGCAGAAGGUGAUCCCGAUGCUUCCCAAGCUGCUCUGUGAGGAGCUGUGCAGUCUCAAUCCCAUGAGAGACAGGCUGACGUUCUCUGUGGUGUGGAAGGUGACUCCAGAAGGCAAGAUCCUUGACGAAUGGUUUGGGCGGACAGUCAUCUGCUCCUGCGUGAAGCUGAGCUACGACCACGCACAGAGUAUGAUCGAAAGCCCCGGGAAGGUGUUCUCACCUGAAGAACUUCCCCCUGUCUCCCCUCAACACUCAGUAGCUGAGAUACAGCAAGCUGUGCUGAACCUGCAUCGAAUCGCCCAGCACCUCCGCAGACAGCGCUUCAUCGAUGGUGCUCUGCGCCUGGACCAGCUGAAGCUCUCGUUUACCUUGGACCAGGACAGCGGGAUGCCUCAAGGCUGCUACAUCUACCAGUACCGGGACAGCAACAAGCUGGUGGAAGAGUUCAUGCUACUCGCCAACAUGGCCGUGGCCCAUCAGAUCUACCGCUCCUUCCCCGAGCAGGCCCUGCUUCGCCGCCACCCCCCGCCCCAAACCAAGCUGCUGAAAGACCUUAUGGAGUUUUGCAACCAAGUCGGCCUCGACAUCGACUUCAGCAGCGCGGGGACCCUGCAUAAAAGCUUAAAUGAAACAUUUGGUGCUGACAAAUACUCCGAAGCCAGGAAAGAAGUGCUGACCAACAUGUUCUCCAGGCCCAUGCAGAUGGCUCUCUACUUCUGCACUGGCGUCCUGAAGGACGAGACCCUCUUUCGCCAUUACGCCCUGAACGUGCCCUUUUACACCCACUUCACCUCACCCAUCCGCCGCUACGCAGACAUCAUCGUGCACCGACUCCUCUCCGCCUCGCUCGGUGCCAGCUCCCCGAUCAAGAUGAAGAAAGAGGCCAUCCAGAAACAGGCAGACCACUGCAAUGACAGGAAGAUGGCUUCCAAGAGGGUGCAGGAGCUCAGCGCUGACCUCUUCUUCGCCGUCUUCGUCAGGGAGUGCGGUCCUCUGGAGUCAGAGGCCAUGGUGAUGGGUGUCCUGAAUGAGGCCUUUGAUGUCCUGGUACUGAAAUUUGGAGUCCAGAAGCGCGUCUACUGCAAUGCAUUGCCCUUGCUGGGCUUCCACUUCCAGAAGGUGGGGAGGAAGCCAGAGCUGACGCUGAUGUGGGAGCCGGAGAAGCCGGAGCAGGAAGCUGUGCCCCAGGUCUCCUCUAGCUGUGUGGGCAUGGGGAGGUUGUUCCCUCCUUGCAGGAUGCUAACAAAAUGCUCAGCAUCAUGUGGAAAACCUUCCUCACUGCAGUUCGCUGCUGGCACUUGACCAAGCUGCUUCAUUAAGGGAUGAUGUGCAUUCUGCAGCUGGAGAAGGGAGACUUGGGCAGGUUUUAGGGGAGGUCGGGACCCAAUGCCAAGGGCACAGUCACCCACACACCUUCCUGGAUUGUGCAGAGAACAAGACCAGGCUCUGAUCUGGUGAAAUAAGUGAGGAUGUUCUGGGGGGCUUAUUUAGGUCAGUUUGGGAUCCCUGGCUGGCUUUGCAGGACAGCGGUGCUGCCCUUGAAGAUGCUGCAUCCAGCCCCAGCCCUGGGAGCACCCUGGACGCCAGCAGAGCUGUCUGCAGCCUUCGUGCCCCGUUCCCCACCUCCCAAUGGGUGCCAGCAUGGCUCUAAGCGAAACCUGGUCUGAUGCCAAGCCACCUGAAAACCUCUUCUUCUGUCUGUCUUUCCCUCCAUCACUGAAGGUGAUCACCAUUUUCACGCUGGUGGAGGUCGUGCUGACGUCGGACGGCGCCCCGCUCAAGUACAGCGCCCUGCUCAAGAGACCGAGCUUGGAGAAGUGAGCACCCCAGGCUGCGUGUGCUCCCCGCUGCCAACCUUCGCUCACCUCCCAGGCCCUGCACCAGCACCCACCGGGGACAGAGGGAACCCACGAGGAGUUUGGGGUUGGGAGUUUUAAAAGAGAAGCUGUUUGAUUUUUGGUUUGGAUUUUAACUGCGUCUGGGAGUGGGGCUCAGAGUUUUGCCCCAGGCAGAGAAUUUCUACUCUCAGAUAUUUUUAAUUUGAGGCUUGCCUUUUUUUUAACGCAGUGGUGUCCGUCCCCAGCCACCUCAGGUGCCCAUGGUGAGGGCCGAGCGGGGAUGCGUGUCCCCAGGACUGGAGAGAAGCUGACUCCACCAUCCUGGUUGAGAUGCAGUGGGAUGCAGCCGUGGGGCCAUGCAGGAGGGUUGCUUUGCUGGGUUGUGUGUCAUGUAAUAAAAGCUGGGCCAGCAGUCA